GCUUUUACGGUACGCAUACACGUGAACUGAACGUGUAACAAACUAGCCACAUGGUCCGACUGCUGUAGGAUUGAAAGGGACCACUGUAACUUAGCUUAAGAUUCCUUUCAAGAGUGUGAACAGUUUUGUUGAAAACAUUUGGGGUUUUUGGCACUCACAAGAUGGCGCAGUUACAGGCGAGGUUUUUCACUGAGAAUAAAAAAUAUGUUGUAGAUGAUGUCCCAUUUUCCAUACCGGCCACGUCAGAAGUUACAGAUCUCAGCAACAUCAUUAAUAAACUACUGGAAUCGAAAAAUGCCUCACAUAGUCAUGUUGAUUUUGACUUCCUGGUCCGGGGCCAGUUUCUCCGAACAUCACUGGCUGGUCACAUGGAAGCAUUUGACAUCUCAACAGAAGAAGUGGUGGAGAUUGAGUAUGUGGAGAAGUUCACAGCACCACAACCAGAAGAGUGUGUGAUGCACGAUGAUUGGAUCAGUUCUGUAGAGGCCGACCCAGAAUGGAUCCUGACAGGCUCCUAUGAUAAGACGGCACGCAUCUGGUCACUGGAGGGCAAAGCAGCCAUGACGGUGGCAGGCCACUCUGAGGUGGUGAAGGACGUCGCUUGGGUCCGAAGAGAUGGCCUGACCUCACUCCUCCUCACGGCCUCCUUGGACCAAACGGUUCUGUUGUGGGAGUGGAACUCGGAGCGGAACAAAAUCAAGGCUCGUCACUGUUGCCGUGGACACGCGGGCAGUGUGGACACAAUUGCAGUGGACCCAACACGGACAAAGUUCUGCAGUGGAUCCUGGGAUAAGAUGCUCAAGCUGUGGUCAGCAGUGCCUACAGAGGAGGAGGAUGAGGUAGAGGAGCCUAACAGACCCCGGAAGAAGCAGAAGACAGACAAACUGGGAUUGACACGGACGCCCCUCAUGACGCUGUCAGGACACACAGAGGCGGUGUCGUCGGUGCUGUGGACGGACAGCGAGGAGAUCUGCAGUGCAUCAUGGGAUCACACCAUCAAGAUGUGGGACGCGGAGACAGGCAGUCAGAAGAGCAACCUGAUGGGCAGUAAGGUGUUCAACUGUGUGUCCUACUCUCUGCUGUGCCGGCGGUUGGCAUCGGGCAGCAGUGACAGACACGUCCGGCUGUGGGACCCCCGUGCCAAAGAUGGCUCUAUGGUGCUGCUGUCCUUAACGUCACACACUGGUUGGGUGACUGCAGUGGACUGGUCUCCCAGCCAUGAGCAGCAACUUGUGUCAGGCUCCCUGGACAACAUCGUCAAGCUCUGGGACACCAGAAGCUGCAAGGCGCCCCUGUAUGACCUGGCUGCUCAUGAGGACAAAGUGCUGUGUGUGAACUGGACAGAGAGUGGGAUAAUCCUGAGCGGCGGAGCUGACAACAAACUUUACACAUACAAGUACUCCUCCGGUGUCACGGACGCUGGCGCUUAGCAACGCCACGUGGAUGCAAGUCGCCAGGGUGAUGAUCUGCCAUUUUUUCCAUCAUAAUCGCUGGCCCACAAUAAAGGAUCAGACCCAUUUUGGGUAUAAAUGUGCCACUAUAACCUGGACUAUGCACCAAUUGGGCCUGAGUCUGAUGUGGACUUUGGAUGUGGACAUUCAGAAACGCCUCUGACACCGGACACAGUAGGACGUGUGUGUAAUGCAGCCUGAGGAUUUGGUCUUCAUGGUCUUAAAUGUCUGGAUUUCAUAUUGGUUCAGCUUCUGUGUGUGAAGUCAAUGGUCUGAUGUCAAUGCCACAAUAUAAAUACGUUUUCUAAUUCUAA